AGUGAGAUGUCCCUUUCUAACGACACGCAGCUCCAACCCUCCUCCUUCUUGCUUCUGGGAAUCCCAGGACUGGAAAACAUCCACAUCUGGAUUGGCUUUCCUUUUUGUGCUGUGUAUCUGAUUGUGCUUUUAGGAAACUUCAUCAUCUUGUUUGUCAUCCAGACUAAGCGCAGCCUCCACCAGCCUAUGUUUUACUUUCUGGCUAUACUGGCUACAAUUGACCUGGGUCUCUCCACAGCCACUAUUCCUAAAAUGCUGGGCAUAUUCUGGUUCAGCCUCAGGGAGAUAAUUUUUAAUGCCUGCCUCACUCAGAUGUUUUUCAUUCACAUCUUUACUGGCAUGGAGUCGGUAGUCCUUCUUGCCAUGGCUUAUGACCGCUAUGUAGCUAUCUGUAACCCUAAUACCACAAUCCUUACCAAUAAGAUAGUGUCUCUUAUUGGUUUUGGGGUGGUCGGGAGAUCUUUCCUUGUUGUUUUCCCCUUUGUAUUCCUCAUCUUGCGAUUGCCCUUCUGUGGACACCAUGUCAUCCCGCACAUAUACUGUGAGCACAUGGAUCUUGCUCACCUGGCCUGUGCAAGCAUCAGGAAUAACAUCAUAUAUCGUUUGGGGACCAUUACUAUCUUGGGGCUUGACAUCAUGGCCAUCGCACUCUCAUACAUCUAUAUUCUCUGUGCUGUUUUCGGUCUUUCCUCUCGUGAGGCCAAGCUCAAGUCUCUCAGUACCUGUGGUUCCCAUGUCUGUGUAACUUUGGCUUUUUAUACCCCAGCUCUUUUCUCUUUUACGACACACCGUUUUGGUCAAAAUGUUCCCCACUACAUUCAUAUCCUCCUGGCUAAUCUCUAUGUACUUAUUCCACCAAUGCUCAAUCCUAUCAUCUAUGGAGUUAGGACCAAGCAAAUCUGUGAACGGGCUCUCAGAAUAUUCAUCCAUCAAUAA